UAUCACACUAUUUGAAAGCUCAAAAUCAAGAGAAUGUCAACGAGCAAAGAGAGUGAGUGAAAAUGGCAAUGAUGAGGUUGUUGUACCGCUCGAUCUGCUUCAGAUCUCUCUGUUCCUCUUCCGCCGCCGUCAACCACCGUCAACACCUCCCACAAGGCCUCCGCUAUUUCCAUCCCUCCCCUCCUCCUCCUCUUUUCCAUUUUCUUCCAAAACCAUCCCUUCCGAUUGCCUACCUCCUUUCACAAUGGCCAUUGGAAGUAUACGCUUUUUUAGUGAAGAUGUGACCCACUUUCCUGACAUAAAAGACCCUGAAUUUCUAUUUGUUUUUAAGGACUUAAUGGCUGCGAGUUGGGAUGAGCUUCCAGAUACACUCAUCAGUGAUGCAAAUAAGGCUUUGUCUAAAAAUACAGAGGACAAGGCCGCCCAAGAAGCUGUGGCAAAUGUUUUCCGUGCAGCUGAGGCAGUUGAGGAGUUUAGUGGGAUGCUCGUGUCUUUGAGGAUGGCAAUUGAUGAUAGCAUUGGAUUGGGUGGCGAGGAUGUAAAACCCUUGCCGGAGGAAUUUGUGAACGCAUUGCGUACAGUCUAUCAAAGAUAUACUGCAUAUUUGGAUGCUUUUGGGCCAGACGAGACCUAUUUGCGUAAGAAAGUUGAGACUGAGCUUGGAACGAAAAUGAUACACUUAAAGAUGAGGUGCAGUGGUAUUGGUUCUGAGUGGGGAAAGAUUACAGUUCUGGGGACUUCUGGACUUUCAGGUUCCUAUGUUGAGCACAGAGCUUAGUUUCUUGGAGAUGGUUAAAAGCAUCAUGUGUUCAUGUUGUCUUUUCUCUUGGGGAACUUUAUUCAUGUUUAUUCCUCUUUCAGACAUUUUACUGGUGUCAUUAAUCUUUAAAUAAAUCCAGUUUGAUCUCA